AACGAAAGUUCUCUUAUAUAUUGAAAAUACAUAAAAACGGACUUUUCUAAAUAAAAAGGGAAUCUCAUUGAGAAAUAGGACUUGGCUUAAGUCCCUUUUAUCACUUCUCGAUUAAGUUAAAGAGUAAAAAGUUUGCUUUGUUCAUGAAUACAUUUAGUUGGUGAAAAGACGGUUCUGGUUUAUUCAUUCUUGUUGGCAUCAUUGUCUGUUCACUACUUAUUUCUGUGGUUGUGUUUUUAAAAAAUCGCUUACUAUCCAAAGUUUCUUUUUUAAUCAGAACAGAAGAUUCCAAAAAAAAAAUAUAUAUAUAUUCAAUUCGUUCAGUCUCAACGCUUUAUUAUUCUCGUUUGAUUCCCGUAUCGUCUGGCAUUAACGCGCUCAGCUUUCUUUCAUUUUUCUCGUCUAUUUUGCCCGAACCUUUAUAUGAAUAUGGAAGAAUUUCGAAACUGUCCCACAUCAUUGAGUGAUGAGGGUAAGGAAAAACAAAAUGUUGAAAUCUCCACAAAUACCACAUUGAUUUCUUCGGAUUCAACCGCUGACCUUGAGAAACAAUUGAGUAGCGAGAAAGAGGAUGUUCAGUCGGGAGGUGAAAUCCCUGAAAACAAUAUGCCAGUCGUCAUGGUUGGUAUAUUGAUGACUGUUUUCCUUGCUGCUCUGGAUAGUACUAUCGUUACUACUGCAAUUCCUACCAUUGUGCGGGACAUGGCAAGUGACAUUGACUACUCUUGGAUUGGUUCCUCGUACACGUUAGCUCUGACAGCCGUUCUUCCUUUCCUGGGUGUUGCCUCCGAUAUACUGGGUCGUAAAGUCGUUUUGUAUAGCAGCAUCUUCUUCUUUCUUCUGGGUAGCGCACUCUGUGGAGCUAGCAAGUCCAUGAUUAUGCUCAUUGUUUGUCGUGCUGUUCAAGGAAUUGGCGGAGGUGGCAUUACUUCGUUGUGUUUCAUUGUUAUUUCGGAUAUUACCACACUUGCCAACCGGUCUUUCUACAUAUCCUUCAUCGCUUCGGUAUGGGGUAUCGCUUCUGUCGUCGGUCCACUCCUAGGAGGUAUCAUUUGUCAGCGUACAACAUGGCGCUGGAUUUUCUUCAUUAACUUGCCAACUGGUGGUGUUUGUGUCGCACUCCUUGUAUUUUUCCUCCAUCUUCCCGUUCGUCCACGGACUACGUAUCAACAAUUUCUUAAGACUUUCGACUUCGUCGGUCUUUUUACAUGUAUUCUCGGAAUUGUUCUCCUUUUACUUGGACUUUCAGUUGGUUCUACCAGUAACCACUGGAGCCAAGCCAAUGUGAUUGCUUACAUUGUCGUUGGUGUGGUCUUAUUAAUUAUAUGUGCUUUUUGGGAAGCGACAACCAAAAGAAAUCAAAUUCUUCCACCCUUCAUGUUCAAUGGUUUAUCCAAAUGUGCAUUAUUGCUUACAGUUUUCCUGCACAAUUACAACUACAUGUUGUUUGCCUACUAUUUACCGGAGUUUUAUCAAAAUGUUAAAGGUAACAGCCCUAUUAUAUCCGGUGUUCAUAUUAUAGCACCAGCAUUCUUGGUAUCUACAUUCUCUUUUGCUACAGGAAUGUUUAUUAAGAGAACAAAAAACUUUAUGAUCCCCAUGUACUUCGGUUGGGUAUUUAUGACCGCCGGUAUGGGCGCACUCAUUAAUAUCGUUUACACAAGUCCCGUUGGAAAAAUUAUCGGGCUCAGUUUGAUCUUUCCGGUUGGAGCCGGAUGUAUGUUUUUGCCUCCCCUCCUUGCUUCACAGGCUGCAACUCCUCCGCAAUAUAUGGCCGUUGUUACCUCGGUAGUUAUGUUUGUCAGAAAUGUUGGUGGAAGUGUCGGCAUUAUUGUCGGUAAAGUUAUUUAUACUCAAGACCUUACUUCGACAUAUAAAGGAAACAGCACUUUAGCGAAGUUAUCUUCGGACCAGAUUAGCGCCCUCCCUCAAACGGAGAAGACGGAGUUACUUACUAACAUGGGAGAGGCUUAUCGAUUAAAUUGGAUUGUUGGCGCAGUUUUGUCGGGUAUUGGACUUGUUUGUCUCCUGGCUGUCAGAAAGUUUGGCAAGAAACAAAACUAAUUGUUUUAUGUCGACUCAUGUCAUACGCAUGCCUGUACUCGCGAAAUAUUUUAUGUUCCUUCAUGACCUUUGUAAUUAUUUUUAAUUCUCAAAACUGCAUCGGCACGGUUUCGGUUAUUACUCCUUUUUUCGGCUACACAUUGGGUUAAAUUUAUUGGCUGUAUCUUAUAAGGCUUAAAAGUGGAUACUAGAAUUAUUAAUGUAGUUAUUUUCCAUUCGAAUCUUAACGUUAUUAGCUCUUAAUCUUAUGGAAUCGGGUGUUGCUUUCCAUUCUGUC